AGCACAAUAAAAAGCUGCAAAAACCGAAUAUUCAAAACCCAAUGUGCCGUUACUGAAAAUCUCCUCUCACCUCCUUCGCUUCGUUCGCACGCACGCUACCGGACCACUUCUCUCCUUGCCCCCAAUUUCUGUGUCUCUGCAAACCAAAAACCCGGCAAAGUAACUUUCCUGUUCAAAGGCUCUCAAAACUUUUUCGUAUCCUCACCAAAGAAAAAACAUUCUCUUAUCUAAUCUUAUUCAUCAAAACACCUUUUUCCAUUUUGGUUUCCCGAGAAAAAAAGAAUAGGAAUAAAAGAAAAAGACGAAUUCUUUAGAUUGACUUUUCUAUAGAUUCCCUUCUAUAAAUUCCUGUCAAAAUUAUCUUCCCCAAAUUCCAAUCGUUUUACUUCUAUACAAUCUUUGAAUGCCAAUCAAAAUACACAUCAUGAUUUUUCCAAUCCUAUUCCUUUUCUCUUCCUUGUUUCCCCUCGCAUUCUCUAAUGAACACUUCAACUCCCACCUUCUACCGAGGCCUUUGAUCCUCGAGUACCCAGAAAACAUAAUCGAAAGUAACCAAUUCAAGGAAUUGGAAAAUGAGCUCCAAUUGCAGUGUACCAGCUGGAGAUUUGCGGUGGAGGCUAACAAUUUGAAUCCGUGGAAAACAAUUCCCCAGGAUUGUGCAGAGUAUGUGAGAAAUUACAUGAUGGGAAGAGGUUAUCAAGUUGAUCUCGAGAGAGUGUCGAAUGAAGCUGGAGUUUAUGCCAAGAGUGUCCAGUUGAAUGAGGAUGGCAAGGAUGCUUGGGUGUUUGAUGUUGACGAAACUUUGCUCUCCAAUCUUCCUUAUUAUACUGGGCAUGGUUAUGGCUUGGAGAUUUUUGAUCCAUUGGAAUUUGAUAAGUGGGUUGAGAAGGCUAUGGCACCAGCUAUAGAACCAAGUCUGAAACUCUAUAAGGAGAUUCUGGGUUUGGGCUUCAAGGUUUUCUUGCUGACAGGACGCAAUGAGAAGCAAAGGAGUGUCACUGAAGAGAACUUGAUCAACGCAGGGUUUCAGAAUUGGGACAAACUUAUUUUGAGAGCCUCUGAUGACCAUGGGAAACUAGCAACAACAUACAAAUCUGAGAAGAGGAAUGAGAUGGUGAAUGAAGGUUAUCGUAUUCAAGGAAACUCUGGUGACCAAUGGAGCGAUUUACUAGGUUCUUCCAUGUCAACUCGCUCAUUCAAGCUUCCAAAUCCUAUGUAUUACAUUGCUUGACAAAGCACUGUUCUUUGAAUUACUUGACUCUAAGUAAGUAAUUGUGUACUAAAUAGGAAUAUCAGUAUUGUGAAAUUGUAAAGGCAUCUAAUAUUCUCCAAUAUAAUUUUACCUUGUAAUUUAUGAUGCCAUACUAAAUGUUACUAUUACAUUUGUAUGGUGACAUUCUUUAUUAAAAAAUAAAGUUGUUUUUCUUGUAGCA